AGGUUAAAGGUUGGUGCGUGUAAAUAGAUAGACACUAGCAAGAAGCAAGGCUAGAAGGGUUAGUCUUCUCUACUUGCAGUAGAAUUAAAGUAGCAAUACUGAAGCAACACUGCAAGAUGGAGAAGAAGGUUAGUCUUGAAGUGAAACCAGAAGAGGGUGAUGAGGUGAAAUGGGUUCUUGAUUCUUCAGUGGACCACAAAGGCAGGGUUCCACUCAGAGCUUCAACUGGUUCUUGGAAAGCUGCUCUCUUCAUUAUUGCUAUUGAGACUAGCGAGAGAUUGAGCUACUUCGGAAUAGCAACUAGUUUGGUCCUUUACCUCACAAAGGUUAUGCAUCAAGAACUCAAAACAGCAGCAAGAAAUGUGAACUACUGGGCUGGUGUCACAACUUUGAUGCCACUGUUUGGUGGAUUCAUAGCUGAUGCAUAUUUGGGCCGUUACUCCACUGUGCUGGCAUCAUCCAUUGUUUAUCUCAUUGGUUUGGUUCUCCUUACUCUGUCUUGGUUCUUACCAAGCUUAAAGCCAUGUGAUGGCACAGACAUGUGCACUGAACCAAGGAGAAUUCAUGAAGUGGUUUUCUUCCUGGCCAUUUACCUUAUAUCUUUUGGAACUGGAGGGCACAAACCCUCCUUGGAGAGCUUUGGAGCUGACCAAUUUGAUGAGGAUCAUGAUGGAGAAAGGAGACAAAAAAUGUCCUUUUUCAAUUGGUGGAAUUGUGCUCUAUGCAGUGGACUUAUUGUUGGAGUGACCCUCAUUGUUUACAUACAAGACAACAUAAACUGGGGAGCUGCUGAUAUUAUCUUCACAGUGGUCAUGGCCUUUUCACUGCUCAUCUUCAUAAUUGGAAGGCCAUUUUAUCGUUAUAGGGUACCAACUGGGAGUCCCUUAACUCCAAUGUUGCAAGUUCUUGUCGCUGCCAUUUCCAAAAGAAAGCUUCCAUAUCCUUCUAAUCCUGAUCAAUUGUAUGAGGUUCCCAAGUAUAACAGCAACAAUAGAAGAUAUCUGUGUCACACUAACAAACUCAAAUUUCUUGACAAGGCAGCAAUUCUUGUUGAUGAUGGAAGUUCAGCAGAGAAGCAGAGUCCAUGGAACCUAGCAACUGUAACUAAGGUUGAAGAAAUGAAGCUUAUUAUCAACAUUAUCCCCAUUUGGGUAUCCACCAUACCAUUUGGUAUGUGUGUAGCACAAACAGCUACAUUCUUCGUCAAACAAGGCACCCAGUUGAACAGAAAGAUAGGUGAAGGGUUUGAGAUUCCUCCAGCUUCAAUCUUCACAGUUGCUGCAUUGGGAAUGGUAGUUUCUGUGGCCAUAUAUGACAAGAUUCUUGUGCCUGCGUUAAGAAGGGUAACACAAAACGAGAGAGGAAUCAACAUUCUUCAGAGGAUUGGCUUUGGAAUGCUCUUCUCUAUUGCUACAAUGAUAGUAGCAGCUUUGGUGGAGAAAAAAAGGCUUGAGGCUGUUGAGAGGGACCCCUUGAAGGGUUCACUAACAAUGAGUGUGUUCUGGUUGGCACCACAGUUUCUCAUUAUUGGUUUUGGUGAUGGUUUUACUCUUGUGGGUUUGCAAGAGUACUUUUAUGAUCAAGUUCCUGACUCAAUGAGAAGCCUAGGCAUAGCAUUUUACCUUAGUGUAAUUGGUGCAGCGAGUUUCCUAAGUAGUAUGCUGAUAACAGUUGUUGAUCACAUCACUAAGAAGAGUGGGAAAAGUUGGUUUGGUAAGGACUUGAAUAGUAGUCGAUUGGACAAAUUCUAUUGGCUAUUGGCAGCCAUAGCCACGGUGAAUUUGUUCUUGUUUGUGUUUGUUGCCCGUCGAUAUUCCUACAAAAAUGUGCAAAAGUUAGCAGUGGCUGAUUGCUAUGAAGGCAAAAGUGACUGUGAGGGGGUGGAAACCAAGGUUUAGGGUCGUUCUAAUUUUAAUUACUAAUGCCAUUUAGACAACAGAGGGAAAUGCACCAAUUAGAACAAAUAUAUUAUCACAUCUCUUGGUGUCUUAUAUUUAUGCUUCUUAUUAUUCUCUGUUGUUCUCCCAUCCUUAAAUAUGGUUUUGGGUUAGUUAAUAUCGAGAUCCUAUAAAUACUAGUAAGUAGCUUAAUGCACAAUGCAUUUUCA